UCUCUUACAGAGUAAAUCCCUUCAUUUAGGUCUCCAUUAGGCACUGGCUUCAGGAAGCAUUUGUUCAGAGUCACAUUGGGAACAUUUCUGGUAAAUAUGGCUGCAGACCAGACAUCUUCAUGGGGCUGUGGGAAAUUCCAAGACAGCCCUGGAUGGGAGCUGCCAGAAUCUCUACCACCCCCAGGUUUCAACGUGACUGACAAGCAGGACUGCACCUCGGAGACUUGGCAUGUUGCCUUCAGAGCAUUUGCCAGCUCAGAGGAGGCGGAUCCCAUAAAGGACCUGCAGAGACUGCGUGAGCUCUGCCACCUGUGGCUGAGGCCAGACAUCCACACCAAAGAGCAGAUUCUGGACAAGUUGGUGAUGGAGCAGUUUAUGAUCUCCAUGCCACUGGAGCUCCAGGUCUUAGUCAAGGAGAGUGGUGUGGAGAGUUGUCAAGACCUGGAGGACAUGCUGAGAAACAAUGAGAAGUCUGAGAAAUGGACCGUAGUCAGUUUACAAGGACAGAAAUUUCUUGUGCGAAGUUCAGAUGUUCAGAUGGCUCAAGCUGAGGUCAGUGACAUGGACAGCAUCAGAGACAUGUCCAGGAAGGCUUGGUCCUCUGGGAGUGACAUGGAGAUACAUCCUGAGAACAGCCCAGAGGUCCUCCGAGAGCUGCAGAAUCUGCCAAGAAUCAAUGAAAUGUCAAGGGAGCAGUAUAAGUCUCAGUUAAGUAUUCACCAGAAGAAACACACAGGGGAGAGACCCUUUAAAUGCACGCUCUGCCUCAAGGGUUUCGUGCAGUCUUCAGACCUCCGCGCUCACCAGCGGAUUCACACCGGGGAGAAGCCAUACAGCUGCAGAUUCUGCCUCAAGCAGUUCACCCACGACUCCACCCUGCGCAGUCACGAGAGGGUCCACACCAAUGAGAAGCCUUACCAGUGCGAGGUCUGUGACAAACACUUCAACCACAAAGGGAACCUCAAUGUUCACCUGCGUACCCACUCUGGGGUGAAGCCCUACCCGUGCGACCAGUGUGACCAGGCCUUCCGUCAGCUGGGAACUUUUAAACGCCACCAAAAAACACAUUUAAAGGUGACUUCCCCAAAUUCUGCCUGA